UGUGAAAGAGUGAAAUUAUUCGUUCUCCUCCGAAGACGAACGGAACCUUCGUCACAGUUUCUCUCCGACGUCGGCCUCGUAGACUUGAAAAGGAUUGAACUUUACCAAGUAGAGAUCAUACCAGAGGGGAGAGACUCAAAGCUAGAACAUUAAUGGAAGAGACCAACCGUGAUGGUGAUGGAGAGCUUUAUCCAUCUGGUGUCGAACAGGUUCCGGGUGAGAAGAGAAAGAGGGAAGGAUUGGUGAGUGGAGAAAGAGAAGCUGAAGAAGGUAUUUUAGUUGGUGACACCAAGGCUAUAAAAAUACUUGGUUUUGAUGGAGGAGAGCUGUCUCAGUCUCAGUCUCAGAGGUCUUUGUUUAGCAAGCGACAGGCCUUUGAGGUGCAAAACAACAUUAAUCUUAAAGGGUCUUUGGUAAAAGAAGAAUCAGGAGAAGAGCCAGCGAGAGCAAAGCAGGAUUAUUCAACUUUUAAUGACUUUGAUAAGCUGAGGGAAGAAAGAAAUUUUGCAGUUGGUCAGACAUGGGCUCUUUAUGAUGAUAAAGUGGAUGGGAUGCCUAGACUGUACGCUCAGAUCACAAAACUCUCAGUUCCCGGUUCCUGUCUUAGCGUCACAUGGCUUGAGCCUGAUCCAGACGACAAGGAAGAACUACAGAGCUAUGAAAAAGACUUGCCUGUUUCUGUCGGUUGGUUCAAACUCGGCAAAACGGAGGAUAUAAAAGAUCACAGAAGGUUCUCUCAUCUUGUUCACUGCAACGAAGGAAGCAGCAGCGCAGGUAGAAGAUUCAGCGUUUAUCCCAGAGAAGGAGAGACGUGGGCUAUCUUCAAGGGUCGCUACAAGCGUGAUAACUCCUGGAGCUACCGGGACAUAGACUGGUCAGCUGAUCCCGGUUCUCACCGUAAAUAUAACUAUCAAUUUGUCGAAAUCGUGCCAGAAGAAGAUGCUCAUACAGAUGCUCCACCUGUUGGAUUCCUGCAUAAGGCAAAAGGUUUUUCAAAUGUGUUCUGUCGCUUUGCUAAGGAAGUUGUUAAAUCUUACAUUCAAUGUAGCCAUACAGAGCAAUUCUCCCAUCGUGUUCCAUCGUUUAAGACGACUGGAAUAGAAGCAGAAGGUGUGCCUCGAGGUGCUUAUGAGCUGGAUCCCGCAGCGUUACCAGAAAACAUCAAGGAGAUUGACGUCCCUUUACAUCUACUAGAAGAGGCUAACUCUGAGGAGGAGGAUAAUAAACAUUCUCAGUGCGUUUACUUUGCUAGUAAAGGAAUAACUUUUCAAACGGGACAAAUCUGGUCAUUCGGCAGCGGCGACGAUAACUUGCCACGGUACUACGGCAAGAUUCAGAAGAUCACGUUUGUUCAGGCUUUUGAGCAAGAUCCGGUGGUUAAACUGCAUAUAGGUCGGCUAAAGGCUAGACCUAUCAAAAGCGUCAUCCAGUGGAUUGACAAGGAGAUGCCCAUCGGGUGUGGGAACUUCAGAGCAAGAAAAGUUCUCGAGAUAUUCACUGAUCUUGAUGUGUUUUCACGUCAGAUAAGCCAAGACUCAUCCGGAGAUAGGGAUGAUUACUGCAUCAUGCCCAAGGCUGGUGAUGUCUGGGCGAUAUACAGAAACUGGAGUAAUGGCAUUGAAGUCGCUGAUCUUCAAUCACAGAGUUAUGAUCUUGUGGAAGUUCUUGAUGAUAAAAUGGACUACAAGGUGUUGCUGUUGGCUCCUGAAGGUGGGUUUGAAUCAGUUGAUUCUAAGGGUUUUGGUUCGGUGUAUGUGGCUGCUACUGAGCAUUGGAUGGAUGGCGCAGACGUGAGAUUCACAGUUCCGAAAUGUGAACUGCUUAGAUUCUCGCAUCGAGUUCAUACUUUGAAAGUAACAAAGGAGAUGC